AUGGAGGACAUAAUGAAUAAGGAACUUGAGUGCAUCGAUGCACUCCCAAAAUUGGGCUUAGCUUGUGUGGAAUAUAGUGCGUAUGCCCUUGGUCUGAACAUUGCGCCCCGAAAACGCAGCUCCAAGCCGUGCAAGAUAAUUUGCUUUGUUGCCUUGAUAAUGAAUCUGUGUAUAAUUUACAGCCUAAUACAAUUUAUUAUGGUGCACUAUACAAUCUCGUUCGAGGCCUAUGUGGAGGCGGUGCUGCUCACCUUUCAGAUUUCAGUUGGCGUUGUGAAAAUGUUUUACUUUCGUUGCUAUUUAGAUGUUUGUGUGAAACUAUUACGAGCAACGGAGAUGGGCGGAGUGCUAAGGAGCAUUGGUAUUUUCGAUCUUGGCUUACCCCACAAGUUCGAUUUACGGGAUGCACUGGGCUCUAUAUUGCGUAAGAGUUGGCAGGAAAUUGAUAAACAGGUUAUGUUUUUCUUCAGAAUAGUCUGCAUGCCAGUCUUCUAUUAUAUAAUGCGUCCAUAUUUUCAAUACAUUCAUUAUUGCUACAUUGUUGAGGACAACUGCAAUAUGACAUUGACAUAUCCUGCUAUUGUGCCCUAUGUCCGGCUUGGAACGCAUGAAUAUCCUUCAUACAUAUUGCGUUCCUUUCUGCUGCAAACGGGACCUCUUUGGUGUUUCUUUACUGUCUUCGGCUUCAAUAGUCUAUUCGUGGUGCUUACUGGACAUGAGGUGGGUCUUUUGCAGGUCCUGCGGCUUCUGGUGCAACAUUCAACUUCGGAUGCGAUAGUACCCAAGAACCUGAGAGUCCCAUAUCUAAGAUGCUGUGUCAGACUAUAUGCUCGUAUUAACAGACAUCACGCUCAGAUCGAAUAUCUCUUCAAAUACAUUAUACUGGUGCAGUGUAUUGUCAGUUGCAUGUUGAUUUGCAUGUUGCUCUAUAAAAUCAGCACCGUUAUUGACGUCGGUUUUGUGAUGUUGGGCAUGAUUAUGGUUUAUCUAAUCACCAUAACCUUGGAGAUAAGUUUGUAUAAUGUGAAUGCCCAAAAAGUCGAAUCUCAGAGCGAGUUACUUUAUUUUGAUUGGUAUAACUGUGGUUGGUAUAAUGAGUGCCCGGACUUCAAGUUCAUGAUCAAAAUGAUGCUUCUGUUUUCGAGACGCAGUUUGGUUUUGAGUGUGGGCGGCUUUACGAAUAUGUCGCACAAGUUUCUGGUACAGGUUUUUCGAAUGAGUGGCAAUUUCUUUUUGCUUUUGAGAAACAUGAAUAACAAGAUGGAAUAA